GGACGCCAUUUUGGAGGAAAGUUUGGGAUUCCUGAUAUAUUGGUGGAAAAAAAGAGGAGGGGAGAGCGCCGAGCAAGGGAACUUUGACUUGUGGAAAUAUUGCCGGACCGAGAGAGAUAAAAGCAUGAGAGCGGGAAACGAAUAAUUCAGCACUCAGAAACAAAAAGAGGAUUUACUCCCUAAAUGCACAGACUGAACUUUGGGAUUCGUUACUCGCAGUUUCUUCUGCRACUUUGAACUGCACUGCACAUGUUCUCAGAUUUUCAGGCUGCUCAAUGAAUUGCACCGUACAGAGCUGGGCUUGCUGAGAACCGGUUUGUUUAUGUUUAGUGUAUGAGAAUUGAUUGGAGAUACGAACGUGACAUACGACAAUAGUGUUUCACAUAGCRGUUAGUGGUUAACUGGUGUCGGAAUCUUGCCCUGCGCUGUCUCUCUAUUGGCGGUUGGCAGUAACCUAAAUGAACCCUGUCAGUUAGCCCUGCCAGGGAUACAAGCUGGUCACAUUGGCAUUCACGGCGGGUCAUCUGAAUAGGCUAUAAUCUACCAAAAAAAAUCGGAUUCAUUGCGUGUUUGUAGUCCAGUAAGAAAAAACGGUGCCUUUUGUAGUCUAUUGAACAGGCGGGAGCUAUAGCGCACAUUGCGUUUUUUGAGGAGAGAAGAGACUAGUUUCUGUUCAUGCUAAAACGGUGCAAACUCCUGGCUCUGCCCCUCUGGCAACUGUAGCAAAGGAUAUCUGAAGCAAGGGAGUGUAGGCAGGCUACUACACCAAACAUUAGCCUGCACGAAACAGUGCCUGCGUUUACUUUUCCUGCUGCACUUGGGAGCUGUCAUGCCUAUACGAAAGAAAGAUGCUCAAAGAGCUUUACUGCUCAUGGAGGAAUACAAGACGAAACUUGGACAGACAGAAGACCGACAACUCAGACAAUCACUAGAAAGAGUCAUCAACAUCUUCCAGAGCAACCUCUUCCAAGCCUUGAUAGAUAUCCAGGAGUUUUAUGAAGUGACCUUACAGGAAGGCCAGACAUCUGUCGAGCCAGUCAAGCCUGCAGAGCCCCCCGCUCCCCCUGUCACCCUGUGGGACUUCUCCAGCCUUCCCUCCCCCUCUACCGCUGUCACAUCUGACACCCUGCCCAGCAGCCUUACGUCCAGCAUAGAGGGGACAACGGACCGCGGCCUAGCCGGAGCCACGACCCGCGGCCUAGCAGGGGAGCCACGACCGCGGCCUAGCAGGGGAGCCACGACCCGCGGCCUAGCGGAGCGUGGAGCCACGACCCGCGGCCUAGCAGGGGAGCCACGACUCUCCGGUCCUAGCAGGGGAGCCACGACUCGCGGUCCUAGCAGGGACCAAUGGCGUAGCAAGGUGCCAGUGGAAGGUUGA